CCUAUAAUUUCGAGAGUAAAAUAUAUAAGAAUACACGUGUUUUAUACGCAAUGUUUGACUCGUUAUAAGGAUGUUUAAUUAGACGAGACAUAUACUUUCAAAUAAAAUGGGAAUAACAAAGCAAGAAGUACAUCGACCUGGGACAUUUAAACAAAUUAACAAACCGCAUAAAACAGGUAGACAUCGCAGUAAAGGUUCAAUAAGUAACGAUGUUAAAGGAAAAGUUGGAGUAAAGGUUUUAUCAAAACGUGCUACUAAAAAUCUUGGGAAGAAUGCCCGUAGACAUCAAUCUUCCCAAAUUAGAAAGAAGAAGAGAGAGGAAGUAUUGCAGCAAAAAAGAAAUUUGGGAGGCUCUGAGUCUGCACCUAUUCUCGUGUGCAUUAUUCCAUUGCAAGAAGAUUUAAAUAUUGAUAGUAUCUUAUCAAUAAUAACAAAAGCAGACGAUUUUGCAAAUAUAAUUAACAGCCCAUGCGGUACAAUACAUUUAAGUAUACCUAGAUUCAAACAACGAUUUUCCAUUGUCAUUCCACCAGUUGGUAAUCUAUUUGCCACAUUGGAUGUAGCAAAAAUUGCUACAACCAUUCUUUUUGUCACGUCUGCUACAAAUCAGUCCAAUAGCAGUCCUAGAAUGGAAGUAAUUGAUGAUUGGGGGAAAGAAAUUAUUAUGCCUUGUGUUGCUCAAGGUUUGACUACUCCUAUAGUAGCACUUACAAAUAUUGAAAGUCUUCCGAUAAAGAAACGUCAAGAUUUUAAAAAUCACGUACAAUCUGAAAUUUCUAAAUGGCUUCCAGAGGAGAAAAUUUUUCAAUUAGAUACUCCUACUGAGGCCUUUAAUGUUUUACGGCGCAUUGGUACUCAGAAACAAAGAUCUGUAUCUUAUAGGAACAAAAGAGCUCAUUUGUUAGCAGAAGAAAUAAAAUUUAAAUGCAAUGAAAAUUCCACGGAUGUUGGAACUCUUAUGAUCUCGGGAUAUCUUAGAAACGUUCCACUAUCAGUUAAUGGUUUGAUACACAUACCUGGAUUCGGAGAUUUCCAAAUGUCUCAAAUUGAUGCUCCUGAAGAUCCAUAUCCAGUGGAGAAAAAAUCAAGAAAACAUAAUACGAUGGAUGAAGAACCGUCUGUGCGAAUUCUCGAAUGCGCAGAUCCAAAGAGACAAGAAUCUCUUGAAAGUGAAAAUAUACCUGAUCCUAUGGAUGCUGAGCAAACUUGGCCUACAGAAGAGGAAUUAGCUCAAGCUAAGACCGAGAGACGAAAAAUUUUAAAGAGAGUUCCAAAAGGAACUUCUGAAUACCAAGCAGCCUGGAUUCCUGACGAGGAUGCAGAAGAAUUGAGCGAAUGCUCGGACGAUGAGUCGGAAGACAAGAUGUCUGUCGAUGAAGCAAAGUCUCAAGCAGAUAGCGAAGUAGAGGCAGAAGAAGAUGAGGAAGAAUACGAGACAAUCACUGUGUCCGAAGUUCCUGAUGAACGGUACGAUCAACAUAUCGAUAUGACAGAGGAGAAAGAAACAAUGGAAAAAUUCAAGCAUGCAAAAUUAGAUGCACAAUUUCCUGACGAAGUGGAUACACCUCAAGAUAUGCUGGCAAAACAGAGAUUUCAGAAGUAUCGUGGACUAAAGUCAUUCAGAACAAGUUCGUGGGAUCUAAAAGAAAACCUUCCUACUGAUUACGCUAGAAUAUUUCAAUUUGAAAAUUUUGAUCGAACGCGAAAGCGUAUAUUUAAAGAAUCUCAGGAAAUAGAAGGUGCUAUGCCUGGCUGGUAUAUCACAAUUCACGUUAUGAAUGUACGACAGGAUCUUUUUAUCACGUUCUCUGCAUUGGAGAAUUAUCCAUUAAUCGUAUUUGGUUUAUUGCCAAACGAACAUAAAAUGUCUGUCUUAAAUUUGGUAUUAAAACAUACCAAUAUUAGCCCACAACCAGUAAAAUCUAAAGAAAAAUUGAUAUUUCAAUGUGGAUUUAGAAGAUUCACCGCCUGCCCAAUAUUUAGUCAACACACAAAUGGGAACAAACAUAAAAAUGAGCGAUAUUUUCGACCAGAGAGUACUGUCGUAGCGAGCAUGUUUGCUCCAAUUACUUUUCCACCGUGUCCAGUAUUGUGUUACAUACAAAAAUUGAAUAAAUCUUUGGAAUUAAUUGCAACUGGCAGUGUAUUGUCUGCAAAUCCAAACAGAAUAGUCGUAAAACGAGUUGUUCUUAGCGGCCAUCCGUACAAAGUGAAUAAACGAUCAGCGGUUGUAAGAUUUAUGUUCUUCCAUCGAGAAGAUAUAAACUGGUUUAAACCAAUUGAACUACGAACGAAAUAUGGUCGUAGAGGACAUAUAAAAGAACCAUUAGGUACGCACGGACAUAUGAAAUGUAUAUUUAAUGGUCAACUGAAGUCACAGGAUACGAUUUUAAUGAACUUAUACAAACGAGUGUUUCCAAAAUGGACAUACGAGCCUUUAUUAUUAACAGAGUUACAAUAUCAGAAUGAAGGCAUGAACGUAGAAUAAAAUAUAUCAAUCAAAAGUAUUAAAAUGUACAUACUGAAUGUAUACUGAAUAAAAUUUCGUUAUAUAUUUGAAA